AUGAGUAUGCGUCGAGAAGAAAAUCUCGCUUAUAUCACGUCAAAUCGACAGAUGAAAUCACUCGGUCUCGUGCCAAAAAAUCGUGUUUAUACAGAUGAACAAAUGCGUGGUGCAUUAAUCUUCUCGGAUUCGGACUCUCGUCGACAAGUAACAGUUUCAGGUAUGGGAGAAUUCUCUCUUCCGCCUGAUCGAAUCAAAUUAAUCGUUAUGAUAACAAGUACGAAAUCUAGUGUGAACGAAGCUAAAACAAGCGUUAUACGUCGAUUGCGAUACGUCGAACAAACGUUUCGAAACUAUGGCGUCAAAGAGCAGGACAAAACCGUAGUUCAAUCAAUAGUACGUCGCGACACAAUGUACGAAGUUACUGCUGAAGUAACAGCAAUAUUUCUUGAUAUUCAACGGUAUCAACAAUGUCAUAAUCAAUUAGUCGAAAAACUGGAUGCGCCUGUUGUUCGAGUGCUCGAUCCCGUCUUUUUUCAUUCGACACUUCGUUUAGAGAAUUUAAAACGUCAAGCAAGUGUUCAAGCUGUUCGCAAUGCCAAACACACGGCCGAAGAUAUUGCUCGAACAGUUGGUCUUCACGUAGCUAAAGCUGUGCAUAUUGUUGAAGAAAGUUAUCAAGAACGAGAAGGCUCAUUGUCAGCACCAGGACAAGCGGCAUCAUUUCAAAAUCUACUUGACGCAAAAACAAUUACUGUUCAUGUUACAUAUCAUUUCGGCUUUUUUUCGUGUUUAUCAUUUCUACGACGACAACUUGCUUACAUCUCCGCUACUGCACGCUCUAACUUUGUCUUCAUUUUUAUCAUUGAAUCAGAUCGAUAUCAUUUUUCUAUUACGAUAAACAACAACAACAUGUUCGAUAUAGUUAAAUUCAAGCUCGACGAUGGGUGCUUGUACAUCUGCCGCAAGAUAUCGCAAGAAGCAUCAUCCGCAACUGCACAAAGCAGCUCCAGCUAA